CAAGGCUGCAACAAAACGUAGUUUUUUAUAAAUUCUAUCUCUUUCAGCUGUCAGUUUGUUCUCUUAAGUCGUCACAAAUCUAAAGUUUUUGUAAAUAAAAGCAACGUAGAAAAAAAAUACUGAUAAUUUUGCAUAAAAGUGCUAAAUAAACUAGAAGACAACGUUUUUGACAUAGAAAAAAUACGUUUUCUUUGUGCUACGCAGUUUAAAAACAAAUCCUACAACAAAAACACGUGUUGUGAAGAAUACCCUGAAUUAGAUUUUUAUUUAAUAAAGUAGUUAAAACACAAAACAGCUUCAAUAUGGGUAUGGUACAAAAACGCAAGAAGAUGCACUACGGUGAUACACAUCUUCAGAGACGUAUGCGUGUACGCAAUCGUACUCGCGAUAUGGAUUUGAUCGAUCAAGACUUACGCACCCAAUCGGCCCAGUUAAUCAACCAAGCGGUGGAUUUGGAAAAACCUGGUUUUGCACAAUUCUAUUGUGUACAUUGUGCUAAAUACUUUAUUGAUGAUAGAGCCAUGCAGACACAUUUCCGAAGCAAAGUACACAAACGCCGUCUAAAGGCUCUGGAACUAGAACCCUACACAAUUGAAGAGUCCGAACGUGCCGCUGGUCGUGGCAGCUAUCAGAAAGCCAAAAAACGUACCAUGGAAACACAGCCCUCGAAGGAGGAGGUUAAGGCAGGCAAACGUAUAAAGGUUGAGGUAGUUGAAGAAACAGAAACCCCAAAACCAAAAAAGGCUCAAAAAAUGGAAUCAUAAUGGAAGAUGAAUGAAAUUUAGUUCUAAGAUUUAACAUUUUCUUUUUUUUUUUAGUUUCACAUUAAAAUAAAUAUUUUUAUUGUUAAAGUAA